CAGAAUUGUAGGCACCUUGACUUGCUUCUUCUUGAGUAUAGUGAAUUGCCUGUUGGCCACCCAGUGACUCAGUGGGACAUUACUGCACUUCACUGCCUGUGGAGACUUGAACUGGAUUCAGUUUCCCCUGCUCAGCUGGGCCACGGAGAGUAAAGCAGCUGUGGAGGUGAGCCCAAUGGGGGCAUAGUGCUGCUCAAAAAAGAGAAGCCUGAAAUGGAGGCAAGAGGCCAGUGGAGUAAUAAAAUGGAGUUUAUGCUAUCCGUGGCUGGGGAGCUCAUCGGCCUGGGCAAUGUCUGGAGAUUCCCUUAUCUCUGUUACAAAAAUGGAGGUGGUGCCUUCUUCAUCCCCUACCUCAUCUUCCUCUUCACCUGUGGGAUCCCAGUGUUCUUCCUGGAGACAGCUCUAGGACAGUACACCAACCAGGGAGGGGUCACCGCCUGGAGGAAGAUCUGCCCUCUCUUUGAAGGAAUUGGAUAUGCCUCACAAGUCAUUGAAUCCUAUCUGAAUGUCUACUACAUCGUCAUCCUAUCUUGGGCUAUCUUCUACUUGUUCAGCUCCUUUACUGCUGUGCUUCCCUGGGCCACCUGUGAUAAUCCUUGGAACUCAGAUCUCUGCGUGGACUUUCUGAAUCACUCUAACCUGGAGAACUGGACAGCGCCUGCUAAUGCCACCUCCCCAGUUAUUGAGUUCUGGGAGAAUCGAGCCCUGGGACUCUCAGACGGUAUUCACAAUCUGGGCACUCUGCGCUGGGAGCUGGCUCUCUGCCUCUUGCUCGCCUGGGUCAUCUGCUACUUCUGCAUCUGGAAAGGAGUCAAGUCCACAGGCAAAGUUGUUUACUUCACUGCCACAUUUCCCUACUUGAUGCUUUUUGUCUUGCUGAUUCGAGGGGCCACCCUGCCUGGUGCUGCUGAGGGGAUCAUGUUCUAUUUGAAGCCAGACAUUUCCAGGCUUGCAGACCCGCAGGUGUGGAUGGAUGCAGGCACUCAGAUCUUCUUCUCUUAUGCUAUCUGCCAGGGGUGCCUGACAGCCUUGGGCAGCUACAACAAGUACAAUAACAACUGUUACAGGGACUGCUUCAUGCUAUGUUUCCUGAAUAGCACCACCAGCUUUGUGGCUGGCUUUGCUAUCUUCUCUGUGCUGGGCUUCAUGGCACAAGAACAGGGCGUGCCCAUUUCAGAAGUUGCCGAGUCAGGUCCCGGCCUAGCAUUCAUUGCAUAUCCAAAGGCUGUAACGCUGAUGCCUGGAUCUCAGCUCUGGUCCUGCCUAUUCUUCCUGAUGCUCAUCUUCCUGGGACUGGACAGCCAGUUUGUCUGUGUUGAGAGCCUGGUGACAGCCAUUGUUGACAUUUACCCAGAAGUUCUCCAGAAAAAAGGGCACCGGGAGUUGCUGAUCCUGGCCAUUGCAGUCAUAUGCUACCUGCUUGGCCUGAUGCUAGUCACUGAGGGUGGGAUGUACAUCUUCCAGCUGUUUGAUUAUUAUGCUGCCAGCGGUACGUGCCUACUAUUCCUGGCCAUUUUUGAAGUCAUCUGUGUUGGCUGGGUGUAUGGUGCAAACCAUUUCUAUGACAACAUCGAGGACAUGAUUGGUUAUCGGCCGUCGCCGCUGAUUAAGAUGUGCUGGAAGGUUGUCACCCCUGGUGUUUGCCUGGUGACCUUCCUUUUUUCACUGAUCAAAUACACCCCCCUCAAAUACAACAACUCCUACAUGUACCCUCCCUGGGGCUAUGCUCUGGGCUGGUUGAUGGCUCUCUCUUCCAUGAUCUGCAUUCCACUCUACGUCAUUUUCAUCCUGCUGAAGACUAGAGGAUCAUUAAAGAAGAGGCUAAAGAAACUCACUUCCCCUGCGGAGGACUUGCCUCAGCCAAAGAAGCACUGGGCUAGCAUGUCUGAACCAUGGGAGAGCCCCAAAGCAGAAUACAGGAUCUCAUCCCCACCAGCCAAGGAAGUGCUCAUAACCACAGAGAAGGAAGCCCACUUGUAAAGAAUAUGGGAAAGGAUUUCGUCUUUGCAUUCUGGAGUGAUUCCCCUUCUCAUUCUUGAGGUGGCUUCUCUUCACACCUGGGACAAUGUACUCUUCAUUUCUCCCCUGCACACCUGAGACAGAGCCAUCCUAGUCAGUGACUCUGGGACAUCCUUCACCUUCCCCAAGUUUAUCAGGUAGUUAACUGCACAGACUUGGGACGGCAGUUCUUUUGACACCCCUAGGACAGCUCUCUCCUUUUGCACCUGGGAAAGAGCAAUGUGGCUUCACCAAAAGCGCGUUAGAGCCCUGACACUAAAAAAAGGAACAGUAGAUAUAAAAUAAUGGGAAAAAGAAAUUGCAAACAGUAGAGAGGUUCAAAAGUAAAGUCAGGAAGGCAAAGGCACAAAAUGAGGGGGUGUGAGCAAAAGGAACAAGUAAAAUGGUUUAUAAGUACAUAAAAAGCAGGAGUCUGACAUAGGAAAGUGUGCGGGUAGGUCACCUACAUACGAGGGAGAGAGAGCCAAUCAUAUACUAAAGAGGCUGCAGUGCUAAGUAGGUAUUUGGCAUCAGCUGUCACUCAAAGGGUGAGUGGCAGGAUAUUUUCCACUGAAUGCAUCCGAUGAAGUGAGCUGUAGCUCACGAAAGCUUAUGCUCAAAUAAAUUUGUUAGUCUCUAAGGUGCC